AUGAGCUUCAUGGCUGACGAGGAGAAAAGAAAAAGACUGAUUGCACAGAUCGAAAGCACAGCGGAGGAAAUCAGAAGAGGGCAGAAAAGCGGGUUUAGAAUCAGCCAGGACUAUGCCCAGCUUUUCAGCCUAAGGGCUCCUGGGAUGCACUCAAAGCUCUCUGCCAGACCAAAGGCAGGGAUUGUGUUUAUUUGGCUCCUGGUUGUGAUGUUUUUGGUAUCUUCUACAAUCAUACUGAUUCUUAUGAAAAGGCUUGAUGUCAUUUAG